CAGCAGCGGCCCCAGCCUUCAGAGACAGCAGGAAGGGAGGGAGGUGGGGAGACAAGCCCCCACCAUCCCUACCGCUAUGGGCCCAGACUUCCACUCUCCCCUCCCCUCCAUCGGCCGGGGCUAGGAUACCCCCAAAUCCUAUCGUCCCCUUGGCACCGACACCCUGACCGAGGCAGAGACCCAGCCACCCAUCACCACCGCUGCCGAAGCCUGGCUGGGGAGGGGGCCACCUUCUUAGGCCCCCCUCCCCACUGAGACGGUGAUAUGUACCAUCUUGAUUGUUGUCACUGUGCUUUCACUGUGGCCAGUAUCAAAUGCAUAUAUUGAGGGUGGCAGUGUGACUGAGUGGCUAGGGGCACAAGCUGCUUAGGUGGAAACUGCAAGGUGCCUCUGAGGAGCCAUAUCACCUCAGAUAUCGGAAGCCUUCAGAGAGAGGUGUGGGAGACCAGUCCGGAGCCCCCCACUGCCUCCAUCCUAGAGAGGCUUCCUGGGUGGGUUUCAGUGGGACCCCUGGUGCCAUCCUGUGCCUCCUGCCUUCUGCACCUCAUCUGCCCCACCUGCACCAGGAAUCAGGCCCACUGCCCCUCACCCUAUCCCUGCAGGUGACCAGAAUGGAGCUGUGGCCAGGGGCAUGGACAGUGCUGCUGCUGCUCUGCCUGUUGCUGCUCUUCCUGCUUCCCACCCUGUGGUUCUGUAGCCCCAGUGCCAAGUACUUCUUCAAGAUGGCCUUCUACAACGGCUGGAUCCUCUUCCUGGCCGUGCUCGCCAUCCCUGUGUGUGCUGUGCGAGGACGCAAUGUCGAGAACAUGAAGAUCUUGCGUCUGAUGCUGUUGCACAUCAAAUACCUGUAUGGGAUCCGAGUGGAAGUGCGAGGGGCUCACCACUUCCCUCCUUCACAGCCCUACGUUGUCGUCUCCAACCACCAGAGCUCCCUCGACCUGCUUGGAAUGAUGGAGGUACUGCCUGGCCGAUGUGUACCCAUUGCCAAGCGGGAGCUAUUGUGGGCCGGCUCUGCUGGGCUGGCUUGCUGGCUGGCUGGAGUCAUCUUCAUCGACCGGAAGCGUACUGGGGAUGCCAUCAGUGUCAUGUCUGAGGUCGCCCAGACCCUGCUCACCCAGGACGUGCGGGUCUGGGUUUUUCCUGAGGGCACAAGAAACCACAAUGGCUCCAUGCUACCUUUCAAACGUGGUGCCUUCCACCUUGCAGUGCAGGCCCAGGUUCCCAUUGUCCCCAUCGUCAUGUCCUCCUAUCAAGACUUCUACUGCAAAAAGGAGCGUCGCUUCACUUCAGGGCGAUGUCAGGUGCGAGUGCUGCCCCCAGUGCCCACAGAAGGGCUGACACCAGAUGACGUCCCAACUCUGGCUGACACAGUCCGGCACUCCAUGCUCACUGUUUUCCGGGAAAUCUCCACUGACGGCAGGGGUGGUGGUGACUAUCUGAAGAAGCCUGGAGGAGUGGGCGAGGCCCAGUUCUGAGCUCCCCUCCCGUCUACCCCACUUUCCUCCACACCUCCCAGCCCAGUGGGUUCUGAAGCAGGGCCAGACCCUCUUCGUUUCCCCUCUCCCCACUCCAUGUCCUCUUUGGAAGCUUCAGCUUCUGAAGUGAGUAUCUCUGCCCACCCCAGCUCUCCCCAUGGACUCUCUUGCCUUGGUGCAGUCCCCACUCUGACCCCUACCCACCUCCUGUGCCAUCGUGUCUAUGAGACAGUUGCCUCCCCUUCAUCUCUUCAGUGGCUCAGCCUACCCAUGGGUGGGAGCACUCCAUUCUGUCCCCACUGGACUGUCUUCCUUUGUGGUCUUCUCUCCCUCUCCACCCCAAAUUGACCAGUGGAUUCGUCCAUUCUGUGGGACAGUUUCCCACCCCACAUCCAUGGAUUCAGUGGAUGCAUCUGUUUGUGAGGAGGACUCCUCAUGCUGUGCCUGGAAGCUGGUGCCUGGAACACUCGUCCCAGGCUCCUCCUGGGAAUACUCCUCAGCACCUCACCCUCCUUCCGUGUGGAGCCUCCUUUCAGUGGAGGCUACACUCCUCACUCAGAGUUCUCAUCCCUGCCGUGCCCAGGUGCCCAGGAGUGAGCAACCUUCUGGAAGCCAGUUUGGUCUUCACAUUUCUGCUUCCCUGUCCCCAUGGUACAUUUCUUCUGUGGCCCUGGCCCCACCCACCCUCCUGCAGCCCUGCUAUACCAUUCUAACCACACAAGGGGCAAGAGGCAGGCAGCAAGUACUGUACUCACUGCUCCCUGGAGGGCUGGGGGGAAAGCACUGAACCCUGGCUGAAGGGGAUGGCUUUUAAUUUAUUUCUUUCUUUUGAGGUUUCCCCCUCUGAGCCAGUUUUCAUUUCCUGCCUGUGGCAUUAGCCGCUCCCUGUCUCCUAUGCCAGACCUGUGCCCACAACAGGGAAGGGCUAGGAGCAAAAGGAGAAGGUGGAAUUUAGUUUUAUGUCAUUGGUUUUUAUUAAUUAUCUGGAUAAUAGCAAGGAACCAGAAUAAAGAUUGAGAGAUCUGGACAUA